AGCUCCGCAUUACGACUUUCACAACCACGGCACGGAUGGCUACGACCCGUUCAUGUCUGAUGUGAUGCCGCAUGGUGCUCACUACGACGGGUACCACAGGCCUAUGACACCUGAGAGCACACCACAGUCCAUAGAAUCGAAUGAUGACCAGUUCCAUGUUGCAGUCGGAGGAUCGCACCAGUAUACUGCAAAUAUGCAAGAGGAAGAGCCAGAGUACCCCCCGGACUUCUGGAAGACUCUGGUUGAUUUCGAGAUCCCCGACUUUACCCAGACUUCCAUCAACAACAUACCCGGUAUUUAAGCCUUAUACGUCGCUUACCUGUACCGCUACGGACCACUAUCAACCACAACAAAUGCCACUCGCAUGCAGUACGCCAAAGCCCUCGCAUUUGCUCUUCUCACGCACUAUUAUCCCCCGUCACAUGACUACACCGUGAUGCCCAUUUCCCCUGGACCGGUGGCCAAGAACGGGAUGAACUUCAUCUUAGCUGCCGAUAACAAGUCAGAUAUCUGGAAAGAGUUCCACAAGAAUAAAGGUAGGGCCUUUCGCCGCAAAGUACCUACCAAAAAGGAGCUCGAGAGGGCGGAGAAAGAAGACCAAGAUGCCAAGGGAGCAGAGUACGCCCACGGCAUUACGCAAAUAUUCAACUCACAGUGGGACUUUAUCGCGCCCGAAGACAUCGCUGCUUUCGUGGUCAUGCGUAAGACGAUAGCAACGAAUACCGAGACUGGCGCAGUCACGCACGAGCAGCAUACGUACACUUGCCUCGCCAUCAUGAUCGACAACUUCGACGAAGUCCCUCACCUCUCCACUAGCAACAUGAUGCAUCGCAGCGACAUCCUCACCGACGCCCUGUGCCGAGGCGGCAAGAUCCAGAACGGUCACGGUAUGUUGCUGUACGGUCCUCGUCUAGAGUUCUACGCCUUUGAUCGCGGAAACGAGUGGGUCUACCUUGACGACGAAGAGGAGAGCGAGCAGGCAACUCAGGACAUCGAACCUAAGAUGGAGGUGCUGUUGUCGGGUGGUCAAAGCUUGGAGAUGGAUCUGCGCACUACCGGCCUCGACAUGGUUGACGUGGCGUUCCGAGAUGUCGCUGUCAGAGAGGUGGUUUAUGCGGCUGAACCAGAGGGUCUUGCGGCCGAGCAUGCAGAUUCAGCAAAUGGUGAGGAUGAUAUGGAGGAGUAUUAGGAACGCCCCAACGGUUUGGAAGGCGAAAAGUGCGUUCAAAGUUCUACUAUUGGCGGGUAUCUUCCUUGCGAUAGACAAAAUGCUACUUUGACAUGAAAUUCGCGCUUUGUUUCUACUCAAUCCUGUACAUCGCUCAAAGUGUGGAGUUGUAGAGGUCCCGCAAACGGUUGCUAGUUGUGUCCCACUCGCGCGGACGCAACU